ACUCUCUAUUCUACAUUCUCUAGAGCACACACAAACCCUCCCCUCACACUCUCCAAACCCUAGCGGCACUACACACGUUAUCUCUCUCUCUCUCUCUCUUUCCCUCUCUUUCCCUCUCUCCUUCCCCAAGAUGUCGAGCGCCGAUCCCGAGCACCGAGAAGAGGAGGAGGCACCCGCCGUCGGCGACGACGAGGACACCGGAGCACACGUCGCUCCCAUCGUCAAGCUCGAGGAGGUUGCUGUCACCACCGGCGAGGAGGACGAAGAUGCAAUCCUAGAUCUCAAAUCGAAGCUUUACCGGUUCGACAAGGAUGGGAACCAGUGGAAGGAGCGAGGCGCGGGCACCGUGAAGUUCCUGAAGCAUAAGGCUACGGGCAAGGUUAGGCUUCUCAUGAGGCAAUCCAAGACGCUCAAGAUCUGCGCCAAUCAUCUCAUUUUGCCUACUAUGAGUGUGCAAGAGCACGCUGGGAACGAGAAAUCUUGCGUUUGGCACGCUAGGGAUUUUGCUGAUGGUGAACUCAAGGACGAGCUUUUCUGCAUCCGUUUUCCUUCUAUUGAAAAUUGCAAAAGCUUCAUGGAAACAUUCCAAGAAGUUGCUGAAUCCCAGAAGGCAGAGGAUGAGAAGGAAUCAGCUGAUGCAGCUGGUCUUAUUGAGAAAUUAAGUGUUGAAGAAAAGGCUGAUGCAGAGAAGAAGGAUGAAGAGAAGUCUGAGGACAAAACUGUGGAGAAAGAAUCUGCAUCAGGGAAGGAAAGCAAGGCGGUUGAAGAUAAGAAAGCCGAAGAGCCUGCAUCCUCAGCUUGAGUGUUUCUUAUUCAUAUUCUAUACUUGGCAAUCUGACAAGGUUAGGUGGUUGAUGUUUUUGCCGCCCAUAUCUUGGGAUAUUCUCAUACUUAAUAGUUGCCGGAUUGUGUCACUGAAUUGAGCUGUUUGUGUCCUCUUGAGUUUAUUUCAGCUGGCAAAGUUAGGGUUGGGUUUGAAUUUUGAGGCAUGACUGGUUGAGCUUUCGGGGUCUGGGAGUUUGUUAUUAUUGUUAUUUUUCAUUCUACAUAUGUAUUUGUUGCGAGUAAUGGGUCAUGUUGGUUGGAGGGUGCAGUCCAGAAAGUCAAAAAUUAUAAACGAAGGUUUUGGUACCGACUUGUUUGAGUUUCACGAUUAUUUUUUCCACC